GGUCCUGUUGCAUCACCCAUGUCGAUGCGAUCUGUUCUAACAAGCGGGUCAUGUCUCUCCCCACCGCUGCCACCACCACCACCACCACCCGGACCUCCCCCCAUCUUUGACACAGAAACCGUGAAGGAUGAAGGAACUGCAUCUCGCUCAGCCCUAUUUGCACAGCUUAACCAGGGAGAGGCAAUUACCAAAGGUCUACGACAUGUCUCUGAUGACCAGAAGACUCACAAGAAUCCCAGCCUACGUGCCCAGUGUCCAUCUGUUCGUUCUCCAACAAAAAGCCAUACUCCAAGUCCCACCUCUCCCAAGAAUUCCCCGCAGCAGAGCCAUGCCCCUGUCUUGGAGCUAGAGGGAAAGAAGUGGAGAGUGGAAUAUCAGGAGGAUAAGAAUGACCUGGUCAUUAACAACACUGAACUCAAGCAAGUGGCCUACAUUUUUAAGUGUAACAAAUCUACGCUUCAGAUAAAAGGAAAAAUCAAUUCAAUCACUAUUGACAACUGUAAAAAGUUUGGCCUUGUGUUUGACAACGUUGUGGGAAUCGUGGAAGUGAUCAAUUCCAGGGAUAUUCAGAUUCAGGUGAUGGGGAAAGUGCCAACCAUUUCUAUUAACAAAACAGAAGGCUGCCACAUCUACCUCAGCGAGGAAUCAUUAGAUUGUGAGAUUGUGAGUGCCAAGUCAUCCGAGAUGAACAUCCUCAUCCCCCAAGAUGGUGAUUAUAAAGAAUUUCCGGUUCCUGAACAGUUCAAGACAGCAUGGGAUGGAUCCAAGCUGGUCACUGAACCUGCAGAGAUUGUGGGUUAACUUCCUAACGCCACACAGCACUCGCUGACCGUGCCCAGACCGCAGCCAGCAUAAACAAAGCAGUCAUGUAAAGACCUAGAAGCAACUGCUGUGAUAGGCCUUCCAGCAUUAGCUCUGCAUGCUAGAAACCGUAACACAUCUUGGCACCCUUUUGUUAGGCAUCCCAGUACUUUUCACGUUUCCGCACAGUUUGCCUUCACAUACAAUUUUAAUUCUAAACGAUUUCAUGUGAAUGUAACAGAUUAAAGCCCCCACCCUCCAGUCACAUCAUUGGUUUUAAAUACUGUAUACAUUAAGCCAAAAUACUGCAUGACACACUUUGUUAUCAUCUUGCUUCAGUGCAUUCCUUUUUACGUUUCUGCUAAUCCGAAGUAGCAUUAAGACU